CACGCACGCGCCCGGGUCUGCCAGUAGCGGAGUGGAGAGAGAGUCGCGCGCCGCUCAUUCCUCCAGCGGAGGAGCGCAGAGGAGAGAGGGAAAGAGAGAGAGAGGGAGAGAAAGAGAGAGAGCGAGAGAGAGAGAGCAGCUCCGCUUCCGCUUCAGCAUGGAUUUACCGCUCAGAGCGAAACACACAGCGCUCAUCAAACUCGCCCUGAUGCUCUGCUGUGUCCCUCUGUCAUCCUGCAAAGAUGGCUGUGACAGUUCACUGGUGUCCAAUCUCCCGCAAUCAGCCUUCAGGAGUUCAUCUCAGCUGUCCAAUAGCCACGGACCCGGUUAUGCCAAACUCAACAGGAGAGACGGGGCAGGUGGAUGGUCACCACUGGACUCCAAUAAGUAUCAGUGGUUGGAGAUUAAUCUUGGGGAGAGGACAGAGGUCACAGCCAUUGCUACCCAGGGCAGAUACGGCAGUUCAGACUGGGUGACUCACUACCUUCUCAUGUUUAGCGACACAGGCCAUAACUGGAGACAGUACCGGCAGGAGGAUAGCAUUGGGGCAUUCUCUGGGAACACGAACGCAGACAGCGUAGUGUCCUACAAGCUCCAGCAGCCGGUGUUCACUCAGUUCCUCCGUGUGCUGCCUCUGGAUUGGAAUCCCAAUGGAAGAGUCGGGUUACGACUGGAGGCGUACGGCUGCCAAUACAAAUCUGACGUGGCCAGCUUCGAUGGAGCCAGCUACUUGCUCUUCAAGCUUGAUGAGGUCACCAAUCCAUUGCCCAAAGACCUGCUAACUAUGAGCUUCAAAACCCUUCACAGCUCUGGAGUCCUGAUGCACAUAGACAGCAAGCACGGACACACCCUCACUCUGGAGUUACUCAAAGGAAAGCUGUUCGUGCAUCUCAGAAAAGGCAAUUUUCACACUGCGGUGUCACUAGGCAGCCUGCUGGAUGACCAACACUGGCAUCGCGUUAGCAUCGAGCGACUCCGAGGACAUGUCAACUUCACCGUGGACAAAAGCACGCAGCAGCUGCAACUCCCCGAACACCAGAGUCACUUCGAGAUUAACGAGAUCAGUUUCGGUGCCGUUUCGGCUGACGGGACUCAGAGAGAAAACUCCAGAAGGAACUUCCACGGCUGUCUGGAGAACGUGCAGUACAACGGCGUUAAUGUGAUCGUCCUGGCUAAAAGGAAACAACUCACCGUAGUGGGAAACGUCACAUUCGCCUGCGUGGAGGCCGUCGACGUGCCGGUGACGUUCGCGAGCUCGGAGAGUUUCCUUCAAUUGCCGUGGACGUUGACACGUGACACCAUGUCAGUCGGAUUACAGUUCCGGACCUGGAACAAGGCGGGCCUGCUUAUGACCUUUGACCUCCAGCACCAAGCGGGAACGCUGUGGGUUUACCUGAGUGACGCGAGGGCGAGGAUGCAGGUCCACAAGGCUGGCAGGAUCAUGACGGACAUCACAGCAGGGUCAGCGCUGAACGAUGGCCAGUGGCACUCUGUGGAUCUGAGUGUCCGCCGAGGUCGUCUGAUCCUGGCAGUGGACAAAUCAGACAUGUCCACCAUCACUAUAUCCUUCCCCAUCAUGCCUGCAAACCAGAUCUUUUUAGGAGGAUGUCCAAUUACGGAUGAUGGAUGCAAGAAGCCCUCUAACGUUUUCCAGGGAUGCAUGCGCCUCAUCCACCUGGACGAGGGAUUCGUUGAUCUGAUCAAGGUGCAGCAGAUGCUAAUCGGAAACUUCACCAACCUCCAGAUGGACAUGUGCGGAAUCAUCGACAGGUGCUCUCCGAGUCACUGCGAACAUGGCGGGAGGUGCACACAGUCAUGGAGCACUUUUCACUGCGACUGCUCAGACACCGGCUACACAGGAGCAACGUGCCAUAGCUCUGUUUACGAGGUGUCGUGCGAGGCAUACAAGCACAGAGGGAACACGUCAGGGCUGUACCACAUAGACGUAGAUGGAAGCGGACCCAUCAAGCCGCAGCUCAUCUACUGCAACAUGUCAGAUAAAGCGUGGACGGUGAUCCAACACAAUAACACAGAGCUCACCAAAUUACGGGCAUCCUCAGGGAGCGCUCAGCAUUUGGCCUCCUUUAACUAUUCUGCCGACACCGAGCAGCUCGCGGCCAUAAUUACCCGAGCCGAGCGCUGCGAGCAGGAACUCUCCUACCACUGCAAAAAGUCACGCCUCUUAAACACACCAGAUGGUGCGCCUUUCACCUGGUGGGUGGGCCGGUCAGGAGACGCCCACACGUACUGGGCAGGGGCACCACCGGGCACUCAGCAGUGCGCCUGUGCUGUCCACGACAACUGUGUGGAUCCGGAGCACUUCUGUAACUGCGACCGCGACCUCGACGACUGGUUGAACGAUUCUGGUGUCCUCUCUCACAAAGAGCAUUUGCCUAUCAGGCUGUUAGCGGUGGGGGAUGUUAGCAGGCCGGGGUCAGAGGCGGCGUAUCGGGUGGGUCCCCUCCAGUGCUACGGUGACAAUGACUUCUGGAACGCGGCCCACUUCGAUAAGGAGACUUCUUACCUCCACUUCCCCACGUUCCACGGGGAGCUCAGUGCUGAUAUUUCCUUCUUUUUCAAGACCUCCUCCUCCAGCGGCGUGUUCCUCGAAAACCUGGGAAUUAAAGACUUCAUCCGAAUCGAGCUGAGCUUGCCGACUGAAGUUGUUUUCUCCUUUGAUGUGGGAAACGGGCCGUUCGAGGUGCGUGUAAAGACUCCGAUCCCUCUGAACGACGAGCGCUGGCAUCACGUGGUGGCUGAGCGGAACGUGAAAGAGGCGUCUCUGAGUGUGGACCAUUACCCCGGAUCAGUGCAGAAAGCCCCCACUGAGGGGCACAUCCACCUUCAGCUCAACAGCCAGCUUUUUGUGGGAGGAACCGCGUCCAGGCAGAAGGGCUUCCUGGGCUGCAUCCGGUCACUGAAGUUGAACGGGAAGACGCUGGAUCUGGAGGAGCGAGCGAAGAUCACACCUGGCGUCCGCCCUGGAUGCCCGGGCCACUGCAGCAGCUACGGGCACCUGUGUCAGAACCAGGGCCAGUGCCUAGACAAGCAUAACGGCUUCACCUGCGACUGUGGAGCCUCGUCAUACACCGGCACCUUCUGUCACAAAGAGGUUUCUGCGUUUUUCCGACCCAGCACUUCGGUGACGUACACAUUCAAGGAGCCGUACGAGUUGAACAGAAACGGCAGUGCAAUGUCCUCCUCCAUCUACUCGGACCUGACGCUGAAAGGAGAGAACAUAUCACUGAGUUUUCGCACCAGCCAGGCGCCAGUCAUUCUCCUUUACGCCAGCUCGUACUACAGAGAAUUCCUCGCUAUCUUCCUCAACAGGAACGGUCAACUGGAGGUGAAGUACAAGCUGCAGAAUAACAGAGACGCUGACGUCUUCAGAUCAAGUGUGAAGAACCUGGCCAAUGGACAGCUGCACCGAGUGUCUGUCAGGAGAGUCCUGGAAAGCCUCAGUAUUCAGAUUGAUCAGAACGCGAGGGAAGACUUCAACCUCUCAUCAGAUGUUGACUUCAAUGCCAUCAAAGCCAUCGUCAUCGGGAAAGUGCCUGAAUAUGACGAGCUGGAUGCAGAGAUAACUCGUCUGGCUUCUCAGGGCUUUACAGGCUGUCUGUCAGUGGUCCAGUUUAACUCCAUCUCUCCUCUGAAAGCAGCACUGCUCUAUCCACACACCAGUCCUGUUAUUGUCACAGGGACACUGACCGAGUCCAACUGCGGCUCGUCUUCAUCAUCCAGUCCCUACGCAGCCGAGACAACCCACUCACUGUCAGAUCAUGUGGGCACUGUAGGAGAGCCCGUAGUCAAUGCAAUCAGCGGCGACUCGGCUUUGAUUGGAGGCGUCAUCGCCGUCGUGAUAUUUGUGAUCCUAGCCUGCCUGGCUGUCAUGGCGCGAUUCUUCUACAGACGGAAAGAGACGUUUCAGACCCAGGAGUCGAAGGGAGCGAAAUCAGAGGACGGUCCUGAAACGGCGUUUAACGCUGAGCCCAGCGCGCAGAGCGUAAUCAGUGAAAGCCAAAAAGAGUACUUCAUAUGAUAAAGCCUUUCCUUUUCAUCAUCGUCAAACUUUUGGCCUAAUCCAGGAUAGCAGGGGGACAGAAAUGCCUCGCCAAGCCUUGACUGGGACGUUAGUGUUAUUUGUGAAUACACUGAAAAGAUGUUCUGCAAAUGCAUCACUUGUGGUGUGUUGUGCAGAGAAAAAGCCUGAAAACGGUUCGAUCAAAAUGUGAAAGAGAACUCCGUAAAAAAAAAUGGUUUUUUUUUUUGUACAUAGGCUGAAACGUUCCAAAAUUUGCCACAAAUAACAGUGUUUCUAAGAUGUGUACAAUAAUAUUCAUCGACUGUGAAUAUUCUUUUGAAAUAUACAUGUGGAAUAUCUUUGUAACUGUUACCUUUGCCUUUUAUUCGGGAUUUAUUGAAAUGCCUCAUUUCGCAGUUACACUGGAACUGGAAAACACCGACUGUGUCAUACAGUGAGGUCCAAAAGACUGAGACUAUUGUAUCAUUAUAUGCAAAAUAUUUCAUUACAGACAAUAUUAUGAACAAUACCUUGAAUGAAAGGUAGAAAUCAUAGGUAGAAAAUAUUUUUCAAAAUUUCUGAAAUGAAAUUUCAGAAUUUCAUAGUAUUCGGUACCUCCCGCUUUUGUUUUCGAGCCAGCAUGGGCUUCACAAGAUUGUGUAAAACCUGACGCUCUUGUGUUCGAUCAGAUCCAUAGGAUUGUUGUCUGAACAGGGACAAAUUUGCUUGAAUUUAAAUAGCGACCUAGAAAUAGAGCAGAAUCUUGAAUAUUGAAUAUGCAAGAUAUUCAUUCCUUUGUUUGUUAAAUUAGAUUUUUCAAAAUUUUUAAAUUUGUUUGUUUCCAGUUUCAAAUGAAAAAAAAAAUCUCAGAUUUUCAGUGUAGUCUCACACUUUUGGACCUCACUGUAUAACUUUGGUGAAAUAUACAGUAUGUUGGAAGCAGUGUUGAGAAUGUAAAGCUAUCUGUGUAGCAUAUAUAAUAUAAUAUAUCUGCACACACACACACACUAAUGAAGACGGGGUGUGUUCAUCACUCCAGAAGGUCAACUGCUUUUUUUUUUUAAAGAUAAAUUGAAUCGUCUUUGAAGAUCAAAAACGAAUCCGUAGCGUUUGAUGUGCUCUCGCGUGAUUGUUCAGUUCUUGGGUUGUGAGUGUUUUGCUCUGUGUGGACAGCAGGCCUUGUUUCUUUUGGCCGCUCUUACUCUCUAUUAGACUGAAAGCUCUCAGCAAGCGUUCUUAAGGUUCCCCGUUGCUUUCUGUGCAUUUCCUGGAUGAAAAUAAAUUGUGAUUUGCGCCUAAAUGCCAACAAAUGCUAAUGUAAACCGACUGCAUCGGGGGAGAGAGUGUGGAAAUUUUAAACUUCCUGCACAUUGGAUCAUUGCACACUGAAACACUUUAACUAUGACUAAAUUUUGGGAAAGAGUGUGAAAAUUAAAGAAAAUGAAUGUUUCCAAGCGAACAUUGUAAGCCUGGGAGAUAUUUCAGUGGAAAAAUCAGUCAGUCCACUAUCAAAACCUGUUCAUCAUUUAACCAAAUGUCAUCAUUUAUCAGAAAUUAACACAACAUACUUUGCUUUAUGUGCAAUUCUUGGAUCAAAAUAAAUUGUGAUUGCUUUUUAAUACUGCCACAUACCACAUACUAUGAACCAGCCAUUCUAAGCACACUUUGUUCAGAUAUCAUAGAGUACAUUAUUAGAAAAAGGUUAACUCUAGAACAGAGAAUCGUUCUUUAGCUUGUGUGUCUGAGGGUCACAGAUGGUUUUCCUAAUAGAAAGAAUUCCAAAAAGGAAGUAAAAAUGGUAAACUAUCUGAAGAACCCAUCAGGAACCACUUUUUUAAGAAUGUAAGGUCCAAAAGUUCACAAGUAUUUGCAUUUUUUAUAUUAAAAAAAAUAUUAGAAAAUGGUUAAAUUCAAAAACUUAGAAGUUUUCUUUAUUUUGUCUCUCUAUAACAGAACAUUUCCCUAUCAGACAGGGUUCCAUGAAGAAACUCUUCAGGAAGCAAAGAACUCAUAAGUAUCUGAAGAACCCUUCAGGAACCAUUUUUUUCCCAUUGUAAGCUCCAAAAGAUUAGAAAAAAGUUAAAUCUAGAUCCUAGAAGGUUUCUUUAUCCUGUCUCUCUAUAACAGUCUAUAACGUUUCUCCUUUUUUUUAGAUUAGAUACACUAUCAUAAAAAAAGUUCAAUCUAGAACUCCAGAAGGUUUCUUUAUCUUGUCCCUGUAUGACAGAAUGUUCCCCUAUCAGAGAGGGUUCCAUGAAGAAAACCUUUAGGAAAUAAAGAAGUCUUAACUAUCCCAAGAACCUUUCAGGAACCCUUUUUAAGAAUUCUGGGUCUAAAAGUUCAUAAGUUCAUAAGAAAAAGUGUAAAUCAGGAACCUAGAAGGGUCAUUUAACUUGUAUGUGUACAUCAGAGUGUUUACAUAUCAGAGAGGGUUCCUAAAAAUGAAACACUUUAGGAAACAAAGAACUCUUAACUAGCUGAAGAAUGCCUUUUUUUUUUAAAAGAAUUCAGGGUCCAAAAGUUUGCAAGUUUUCACACUUUUUAGAUUAGAAACCUUAUUACAAAAUGUUUAAAUCUAGAAUCUACUCUCACGUCUCUCUACGACACAGUGUUUUCCAUAUCUGAGAAGGUUCCAAGAAGAAACAUCUGAAAAGCCCUUCAGAAACCAUUUUUUUAAGUUUGCAUGGUCCAAAAUGUUCAAAGUUUUCACAAUUUUUUUCAGAAACACUAUUAUAAUAAGUUUAAAUCAAGAACCUAGUAGAGUUCUUUAACUUGUCUCUCUACCUCAGAGUGUUUACAUAUCAGGUAGAAGAAAGAACCCAUAACUACUGGAAGAACCCUUCAGGAACCUCCAUUUUUAAGAAUGCAGGACCCAAGGAACUUUUAACUAUCUGAAAAAACCCUUCAGGAUCCAAAUGUUGAGAAGUUUUCACCUUUAUUUAGAUUAGAAAAUCUAUUAGAAAAGGGUUAAAUCUAGACCAAAGAAGGGUUGUUAUUCUUUCUUCAAGUAUUUCUUCAACUUGGUUCUCUACAACAGAUGGUUUUUCUAUUAGAGAGGGUUCCAAGAAGAAGCCAACUGGAAUACACGUAAUGACCCUGCAUUCUUUAAAACAAGGGAUCAGAAUUAAGGGUCAAAGGGUUAAGAAUUCUUUGCUUCCUAAACUAUCCAUAGGACCCUUCAGGACUCCCCAUUUUCCUAAGAAUGCAGGGUUCACUACCAAGUUUCAUCAAUUACAAAAACUAAAUACAAACUUUGACUCACUUAUGAUACGAGAAUAAAUCAUUAAAACUAAGACAGAUGGUUGAGAAUUCCCAGUAUGAUAUUGUCCCUCUAGGGGAACCAUUAAAGGGUCUAAGAGUUUGGUUCUAACCCCUUUACGAGGCCAAAAAAAACCCUUAAUUAUCCAAUGAAUCCUUAAAGAAGCCGACUUUAGCUCAUCUGUUUUUCCAUCAAUGGAAAGGAACCACCGUAGAACCACCACUGACCAGAUAUUGUUUGAGUACAGCAGUUUCACUGACAUAGAACUGGUAUGUUAGGUGGUCUUCCAGUGGUACAGGUGUACUGCAUCUGAAGAUUCUGCUCACCCACUUUCAAAACAAUUUUCCAUGACGCCAUAUAUUUCCGUUCCUGUGUUCUAAAUGUUGCCGUAUACGGACCUCUUUUAUCAUCCAUUAGUCUUAAGACCCUUGCAAAGCACACUGAAAACCUACUCCCUGUUGCUUUUCAAGCAUUUUCUUGGAUAAAAAUAAAUUGUAACUGCUUCAUAUUGCUACCAACGAGCACCAUAGCCCACCUGCAGGAGCUCAAUUUGACAAAUGUUUCAUAAAAGCCAAAGCGUUUUCGCUGAUUAGUGCUUUCUUUUGUAGUCCAAUUUUAUGGUAAUUCAGUGGAAAUACACUACUUAGCUCAGCUAACAGGCUGCCAGCAGAGACAAUGUGACCACGAUAAAUAGCAGGUUGUCGUGAUAUUUCUGAAAAUGGCGCCUGCCACACCUCUGUGAUUUAAGCCAAUAAUUGAAAUAUUAAAAUGAACAUUGCAAGCCCUCUUGUGCUGAAUAUUAAACUUUAAAAUGUGCAUUUCAAUCUCAACUUACCUGCUGGUUUGUGUUCAGUUUCUGGAUCCGUUUUGAUUACUGUAUAUAUAAAUAUAAAUCUAUUUAACUUCUGUUCAUUCUAUAUAUCUAUACAAAAUUGUCCACUGUAUUAGAAAUACCUGCUCUUUCAUACAAUUAUCCAAUCCGCCAUCUUUUGGAAGCAGCACGAAAAGCAUCUCAAAGUGGCGUACAACACAUCAAACUUUGGAAUCUAAGCCUCCUCUGGUUCCAAGCUCCUGAUAUAGGUAACAUUUUCUACAAUUUCCAACCAACCAGCCUAUCCAACGUUUCCAAUGGCCAUACAUUUUUGAAUGCUUUGUCAACUAUUAGUUAUUAAAUCGAAACCCAAAAACCAAGGUGUGCAACAUUUUUUUUUUUUUUACCAAGGAGGCUGAAUUGUUUGUGCAUCAGCAUGGUACUGACAGUCUUUAUAUGAUUGCAGAUAAUUAGAUAAUCAGAUAAUAAUCACAUUAUCAGAAUAAAAAUCUUAUAACAUUAAAAUGAACAUGUGAAACUGGAAAGACUGCAGCAUUAAAAUAUUACAUUCCACCUGCAACAUAUAAGAUGUAUGACUCUUUUUUUUCCCCUUUGAGCAAGGUUGCUAAAUACAGAAAAAAACAUGUCCCAAAAAAGACUAGAUUAGAUUAGAACUAAAAAAUAAUAUGUUAAAUCCAUUUGUAAGUAGCCUGUACACUUUGUGAAUUUUCUGGAUAUUUCAGUGUACGCGUGUUUGUAAUGACUGUAAUUUUACCACCACAUUAGCUUUUAGACAGGAAAAGUAAUGGGGUAUUUUUGUCACAACUAGCAGAUCUCAAUAAAGUCUCCAAGUCCUAGAGCCUGUCUAAUUUUUAACUUGGAUAAAACUUCCAACUAGAAUUAAGCCUAUUUGUAUAAAUGUACCUGUCAAGACUGAUAAAAAGGUGUCAUCUUUCAUAGAAGUACAUCAUACUAUAUUAUAUCAUAGCAUGUAUGGAGUCAGUAUGAUGGAGGAAAUAAAU